UUUCUCAUCUCAUCAUGUGCAAUUCAAUGGAGAGUUUGAAUCAACUCUGUGCAGCUGAAAUCUGUACAACUUUGGUAUCUUCCGAGAAAGGAUGUGCUCUUCGAGGAUUCCUCUGUCCUUGAAAUUUUAUGUUGCCAAGUGAAAGUUGUGAUCUAUUACCAGUAUAUAUUUGGCUGUCUUCUACCUAAUUGUUUUGCAGCUGAUCCAUCUAAUUCUGUUCCGAUGAUCUUCGUUCUUCUUCUUCUUGUUUCUCUCUUGAUAAGCUACAAAUUCUUAGUUGUCCUAUUCAUUCAUUUAUGAUCUCUUUAUCUGCAGCUCCUUUCCCAUCAACUUCUCCUAACAAAAUCCUCUCUUUUUCUUGCUGCCUUUCAUAAAUUUAAUGCUUUUGGCGGUCGCUACAAGAGCUAAAGUAUGUUUUCAGCAAGGAAAAGCUUAUACUGUAGCUGUGGACUGAUGAAAUAGUGGAGCCGAUGGUAUCCUCUCAUCCUUCUCUGGUAGGCUGAGGAAGCUCUUCAGCAAGCCAUCACUCUCAUCGACCGCAGAAACCUCGAAAGUUGUAUUCCGCAACUUCCCGGGAAGCGUCCGUGGAUUCGAGCUCAUGGCAAGGUUCUGCUACAACAAUGGCAGAAUCCAAAUAACCCCUUCCGAUGCGUGCCUUCUACAUUGUGUUGCAGACUACAUGGAGAUGACAGAGGAUGCCUCUUCCUUCCCAAGCUUGAUCAAGCUGACUGAAGUUUAUCUACUGGGAAUACCAUGUUGGUCAUGGUCUGAGAUCAUGAGUGCCUUGAGACAAUGCCAAGACUUCCUUCCAUCAGCCAUUUCCUCAGGCAUCCUUGACAGGAUUAUAGACUCCGUAGCAGGGAGGAUCACCACAGCUGGUGUUGGUGAUACGACUCCAUCAGGCUCCUCUCCUGAGAGCUCGGCUUUCCGAUUCUCCUGUGACACAAGAAGUUCUAUAAGCACAAGAAGCGGCAUCCACCGGGCAUGGUGGUUCGAGGAUCUUGCACUCUUGAACACUGACAUGAUUCAGCAAGUCAUCGCGAGCAUGGUUCUUCAGAAGGUAGACAAUGUCAUGAUCAGUAGGUUCCUGUUCUACUACCUCAAAUGCGGAGCUCACGGUUCUCCAUCAGAGAAGAGGAAGGCCACUGAGACUGCCAUCGACCUGCUCCAUUCCCUCGAUAGAAGCUGUGUUUCUUGCAAGGGCUUGUUCAACAUCCUCCGAGUUGCUUCGUCCCUGAGAUUGAGCAAGUCUUGCCAUGGCAGACUGGAGAACAUGAUCGGCAGCCAGAUCGACCAAACAACACUGGACGGUUUGCUGAUUCCUGCUCCGAUCGGAAUUGGCAGUCUUUAUGAUGUGAGUCUUGUUCUAAGGUUCUUGAAAUCUUUCCUUGCCAGUGUAGGUCAGGCAUCGAUGACUCGAAUGAAGCGGGUGGGGUGCUUGAUCGACUCGUACUUGGCUGAAGUUGCCCCAGAUCCUUCCUUGGAACCCUCCAAGUUUGCUGCGCUGAUCACAAUUCUCCCUGAUGCUGCAAGGGAUUCUCAUGAUGCAAUUUACCGAGCCGUUGACUUGUAUCUUGAGGUUCAUGGUGAACUAUCAGAGGAAGAGAGGAUGAAGAUUUGCUAUGCCAUAAACCAUGAUAUGCUCUCAUCAGAAUCCUGCAUGCAUCUUGCUGGGAAUCCGAAAUUUCCAUCAAGAACAGCAGUGCAAGCACUCAUUUCUCAGCAAUCAAAGCUCAAGAGUCUACUUCAGAACACAGACUCUGCUCCUCCCAAGGAUAGUAAACACAAGAAGAAUCGAUUUGAUAACAACAAGCUUGAUUGCUCCACGGACAAUGAGAAACUCAGUGCCCAAUUGCAUGAGAUGCAAUGGAGAGUAACAGAACUGGAAAAGAUCUGUAAGAAGAUGCAAACACAGAUGGCAGAAGUCAUGAAGAACACAAUAUCAAAUCCAAGUGGUUCCAGAUCACUUCCCAUGCUUUGUUCCCGACUAAUCCCAUAGGGUUGAACUCACAGCAAUCCACAUACUCUUGUACAGAUCAUGAACAAUCUGUUGGUUCCCCAGCGUAAGAAGAUUAUGCUUGUCUCCUUUCCUACACUCCUAAAGCUGAUUGAGAGCAAUGCCUUUGUGCAGGUGAAAAUGAAUGAUGUUGGAUUGUUCCCUUGA